CCCCGCGGGCGGCAGCUGCCGCCGUCCUUCCGCGCGGGCCCGGCCCGGAGGCGGCCGCGCUGCGCCCGUGCCCCUCGCCCGGGACGCCGGGGGAUGUCACCGGAUCCCUCGCCGUCUCCUGCUGCAGAUCCUCCCGCAGAAGCGCUUCCCUGGAGGCGAUGCAGAAAAAGAUGGGAGAAGCCGUCGCCCGAGUGGCUCGGAAGGUGAACGACACGGUGGAGAAUAAAAGCGACUCCCUGGAUCUGGCCGAGUGCAAGCUGAUGACCUUCCCCGUGGGCAUUUACAAAGCCGUGCGGAGCGUCGCCGACGGGAUCCACCGCAUCACGCUGGCCAACAACGAGCUCAAGGCGCUCACCAGCAGGUUCAUGACCACCUUCAGCCAGCUGCGAGAGCUGGACCUGGAAGGGAACCUCCUGCACCGGCUGCCAGAGGAGGUGAGAUCCCUGCCGCACCUGCGCGCCAUCAACCUCUCCCGCAACCGCUUCCGGCGCUUCCCCGAGCCGCUGGCCGCCGUCAGCACCCUCGAGACCAUCGAGCUGGAGGAGAACGAGAUCGCAGGGAGGACACGGAGUAAGGGAGCGAUUGCAACCCGCGGCGCUCUUUGCCUUGCAGACGUGCCCGUGGAGCUGCUGGCCGCCAUGCGCUCCCUGCGGCGCCUCAACCUGCGCGCCAACCCGCUGGGCGCCGAGCUGCGCGCCCUCGCCGGGCCCCUCGUCCCCUUCGAGCUGCUCGUGUCCCCCGAGGGGCCGCCGCGAGCCUGAGCCCCCCCCUUCCCCGUCCCCGAGGAUCCCCGAUUAAACGCUCUUGCGCCAACGUG